AUGGGCGUGGGGCCACCGCUGUUCUGUGGCAUUGGGCUGGACUACGCGAGUAGUGUUUACAACUUUUCUGCCUUGGAUGGUGAAGCAGAAGAACCUCAGCUCUCCGACUGGUUUAAUCCAACAAAACGUCCUGAUGUAAUAACAACAACUAACUGGCUUGCUCCAGUCAUAUGGGAAGAAACUUACAAUAGACAGGUCCUGGAAAAGUAUUAUAAAAGGCUGAACAUUACCAUAGGCUUGGUUGUUUGGGCUACUGGAAAGUUUACAGGACAGCACCUGAAACAGUUCAUCCAAUCUGCUAAUGAGCAUUUUAUGGUUGGCCACAAUGUUAUCUUUUACAUCUUGAUGGAUGACUUCUCCAGGUUACCUCCCAUAGAGCUGGGUCCCCUUCGGACAUUUAAACCACUGACUGUAUUAAAAGACAAGAUGUGGGAAGACUUUAAUGUCAUAUGCAUGAAGAAUUUAAACAUGUAUAUUGUAAAAUACAUCCAGCAUGAAGUUGACUUUCUCUUCAGCAUGAGUGUAAACCAGAUCUUCAAGCAUGAAUUUGGAGUGGAAACCCUGGGCAAAUCUGUAGCUCAACUUCAUGCAUGGUGGUAUUUUAGGAAUGCCCAAAAUUUCCCUUACGAAAGAAGAUCUAAAUCAACAGCUUUUAUCCCUUUUGGAAAGGGAGAUUUCUAUUAUCACAGUGCCAUUUUUGGUGGUACACCCUAUGAGGUUUUGACCUUCACUGUAGAAUAUCAAAAAGGAGUAACUGGUGACAUAGAAAAUGAACUUGUCAGCACAUAUGAAUGUCACCUAAACAAGUAUUUUUUUAUCAAUAAGCCCACUAAGUUGUUAUCACCCGAAUACAAUUGGGAUCCAACUUUUAGAACUCCCCCACAAAUUAAACAUAUUAAGAUAGCAUGGCAGUUAAAAGGGAUUUGA